AUGCAAUUUGAGGAUAUGCCACAUGUAGAGGUUGAUAAUGCGUUCCAAGAUAAUGUUGAAUUCAAUGACUUGCCUCGUGAAAACAUGGGAUGUGAUGAUGUUCCAACUUUCAAUGUGCACUAUGAUGAACCCAACUCCAACAAACCAAAUGCCAGGAACAAGGAUAAAAACAAUGUACAUGGAUCAGACAUGACAGAGCUAUGCAAUGCAAGUGGAGAUAUAAUUGUAGGUCAAGUGUAUGAGACUAAGGAGGAUAUAAAAACGAAGUUGGGUAUUGAUGCUAUGACAAAAAAUUAUGAGUUCAAAGUGAAGAGAUCCAAUAAAGAAAGAUUUGAAGUUAGUUGUGUUGAUGACCGAUGCAUGUGGAAACUGCGUGCAUCCAAGGCUUGGAGAGCUAGGGAACAUGCACUGGAGUUGGUUAGGGGAUCGCCAGAGGAAUCUUAUGCGAUACUUCCAUCAUAUUGUGCUAUGUUAGAAGCCAAAAAUCCUGGUACGAUAACUCAUAUUGAAACUGACAGUAAUAAUCAUUUUAUGUAUUUUUUCAUGUCACUUGGACCUUGCAUAAGAGGAUUUCGCACUGUUAUUAGGCCAGUAAUUGCACUUGAUGGAACAUUUUUAAAAGGUAAAUAUCGUGGGACAUUGUUUGUUGCCACAUGCAAAGACGGAAAUAACCAAACAUACCCUGUUGCAUUCGGAGUUGGAGAUUCAGAGAAUGAUGCAUCUUGGAAUUGGUUUUUGACAAAAUUACGGGGAGCUAUUGGGGAUAUUAAUGACUUAGUUUUCAUUUCUGAUAGACAUGAAAGCAUUCGUAAGGCUAUCUCCACUAUAUUUCCAGAUGCUCAUCAUGGGGCAUGUAUAUUCCAUAUAAGUCAGAAUCUUAAGAGCCAUUUUAAGCAUGAGAGAGCGCAUUCGUUGUAUUUUAGAGCUGCUAAAGCAUAUCUUGUUCAUGAAUUUGAUCGUCUUAUGGUGCAAAUAUUUAAUGUUGAUUCCAAAGCGGGUGAUUAUCUUAAUGCGGUUGGAUAUGAAAAGUGGGCUCGUGCACACUUCAAUGGGAAGCAGUACAACCUAAUGACAACAAAUAUUGCCGAAUGUCUCAACUCAAUCACCACAGAUGCUCGUAAACUACCUAUUACCAAUUUUAUGGAGUAUUUAAGAAUGAAUAUACUUCAAAAGUGGUUCCAUGAACAUCGAACUGAGGCAGCUAAAAUGGAUUCACAUUUGACAGAGUGGGCAGACAAUUUGGUGCGAGAAAAUAACAAGAAAGGGUUGUCAUUACAGGUUUCUCCCAUUGAGGCUUACUCAUUUCAUGUAUAUGAUGGAUGUCGUGUUGAAGUUGUAAAUUUAGAGAGGAAGUGUUGCACGUGCCGAGAGUUUGAUCUUGACCAACUACCAUGUGCACAUGCUUGUGCUGCAUGUAGGCAUCGACAAAUUUCAUGUUACCCAAUGUGUUCACAAUAUUAUACUACAAAUUCAUUGGUCAUUGCGUAUGCAGAACCUAUUUGGCCAGUUGGGGAUUAG